AUGGGGUGCCUGCAGAGCGUGGCCUGCAAGGCGCGGGUGCGCCGCGAGCAGAUCGUGGUGUCGGACGUGUCGGCCACCAUCGAGCCGGCGGCCACGGCCAUCGAGGAGAGCUCGCCGGUGGUGCUGCGGUACCGCACGCCCUAUUUCCGCGCCUCCGCCCGCGUCCUCAUGCCGCCCAUCGCCCGCCGGCACACCUGGGUGGUGGGCUGGAUCCAGGCCUGCAACCACAUGGAGUUCUACAACACCUACAGCGACCUGGGCGUGUCGAGCUGGGAGCUGCCCGACCUGCGGGAAGGACGAGUGAAAGCCAUCAGCGACUCGGAUGGGGUGAGCUACCCCUGGUACGGAAACACCACAGAAACCGUGACCCUGGUGGGGCCCACCAACAAGAUCUCCAGGUUCUCGGUGAGCAUGAACGACAACUUCUACCCCAGCGUGACGUGGGCCGUGCCCGUGAGCAACAGCAACGUGCCGCUGCUGACCAGGAUUAAAAGGGACCAGAGCUUCACCACGUGGCUCGUGGCCAUGAACACCACCACCAAGGAGAAGAUCAUCCUGCAGACCAUCAAGUGGAGGAUGCGCGUGGACAUUGAGGUGGACCCCAUGCAGCUGCUGGGGCAGCGGGCGCGGCUGGUGGGCAGGACUCAGCAGGAGCAGCCGCGGAUCCUCAGCAGGAUGGAGCCCAUCCCGCCCAACGCGCUCGUCAAGCCCAACGCCAACGACGCCCAGGUGCUCAUGUGGAGACCCAAGCGAGGGCAGCCCAUCGUGGUGAUACCCCCCAAGUAGGGCGGGCAGCCGAGCCCCUGGCUGCCCACGGACGGGGCUGCCCGGCCAAAGCUCCCCUCUGGGCUCUCCUGCCUUUCUUGUUGUGCUUGGAAACGUGGCUCCUCCUCGGGCACAAGUAGAGCCUGGCUGGCACGAGGGCGCAGAAGAGGGUUUGCUGAGCUGGAGGAUUUCCCGGGAAGCGGAACGGAGUGCUUGCAGCUGGCACGAAGGACUCGUCUUUCCUUGUGGGGCAGCACGAGCAGCAUGAGUGUGGUUGAACCGUGCCCGUGGCAGAUGCUGCUUCCCACGCAGCCAGAGGGAGAAGCAGAGGCUGUUCCUGUCCCCGUGUCCCUGCCGUGUCCGUAGCUAUGCAUUUCAGAGCCGUGAUCCCCACCCCCGUGCCUGCCCGCCUCCCGCAGUGGGGUGGGACCGGACGGUGCUGGGGGCGGGCAGAGCCCGGUGGCACCGCCCGGGAGGGGUUUCUGCAGCCCGGGGGCAGCGGGACACGUUUUGCAUGCGUCUGGGUGUGUUUGGAGUAGUUGUGAGUGUAGGAGAUGCCAUAGCUCUUUUCCGUCUUGGGGUGAGGUGUAAGGGCAGGUUAGAUGUCCUUUAGUUGUGAGGUGCACUAAGUCUUUGCAUCCCUCAGCCUCCCUUCUCUUUGGGGAGCAGGAGGGUUGUCAGCCCAGUCCGGGUGGGAAUGGGGGCAGUGCCAUUCUCCCAGCCCGGGUGCUCUGGGUGUGUGGGGUGCCCAGACCAGCCCAGAGGCGCCCCUGGACUCGCUUUGCUUCACUGCAGACCCCCUGCCUUGCUAGAAGUUGGGUGCUCGCUCAUUUUCCACGCAGAUGCUGCCUCACAUGGAGGCCUCUCCCAGGCAGCCAUGGAGCAGGGUGGCUGCUGGCUGGGCCGCCAGGGCACGCUUUGUGGUGCCUGCCCAAGCCCUGUGUGAGGCAGGGAUGUGAGUGCUGGGGGCCGUUCAGGGCAGGCCUGGCUUAGCCUGGGAAGGAGGAGCUGAAUGUGCUGCCUGGGGCUGCCUCCUGCUGCUGCUGCUGCUGCUGUGCUCGGAGGGGUCACAGGGGGAUUUAUUUGCCUUCCUCCUCCCUCCUUGCUGCCUGGAUGGCUGGCACUGGCUGCUCCGUGGGGCAGCACGCUGCCGUGGGAUGCAGCUGGCAGUUCCCAGGAUCUCGCCCUGGAGCUGCAGCAGAGGCAUAAACCACGGCUGUGCUGCUGCUGCUGCCCCGGGUGCUCCGUCACUCCUGGGCAGGUGCUUACGGCUUUUGCUGCUUUCUCUGCUCUGUCCUCCCUGGCACGAGCCCUGCAGCUCCUCCAGCUCGCAGCCCUGCCUUCCUCACACUGCAGGGAGGCUGUGGUGCCCUGGGGAUGCAGGCCAUUCCUGCUGGGAAGGUCCCUGUGCCAUCCCGCUGGCAGUGCUGGGUGACACUUCCCUGCACCCGGGCCCUGCCAGCCCAGGGGCUCCCGAGGCAUCUUAGACCAAAAAUCCCUGUGAAAUCCCCCUGCUAUUUAUUGCCCUCAGUAGUGUUUGCUGCUGAUCCAGUUCUUUAUUUAUUAUUUUUCCUCUGGGAGCGUUUCCUUUGGACGCCCUGGUGCAGCAAUUCCGUGUGCCGGGGCUGGUGCUCCCGCUGGGCUGGGAUCCCGCUGCUUUCUGUGCCUGGGUGGGUUCUGCAGGGGGCAGGCUUGGAGGGAGACAGGGCUUUGAGCUUUGGUUUGCUGUGUUUUCUGCAGCAGAGCUCCCACAGGGAGCUUGUGGUGUGGGAAGAUGUCCUGCUCUUGUGAGACUGUGGUUUUGUCCUGGUGUGGGACCGAUGGCGGCUUGUGCCAUCGCUGAUGUUUUGUUUUUCAAAAAGUGUGUGUGGAGAGGGGUUAGAAACUUGAAAUACAAUUUUCCUUAAGGACUGGGGGAGGAGGGGUAAGUACCUUUUUGGUUUGAAGUAAGGCAGGUGUAUACUUUUGACCCAGGGGGACAGAAACAUCUCUGGCAGCGUCAGAGCUGAAACGCCAGAGGAAGGGGCUCCCCAACAAACAGGUGGCUCCAAGGUGGCCUUUCCUGCUGGGAGAGGAUGCUGUGUCCAGAGGCUGCGUGAGCCAGCUCCCCAAAACCCACGGGAAGUGGCUGCAGGCUGCUGUCAGCCCAGGGAGUGCUGUGGCUCCCGUGCCUGGGAGAGCAGGGACGCUGCUGCAGGGAUGCUGUUGGACCCAACGUUGCCACCUUUUGGGAUUUGCUGGCCAGGCUGAGCCUUGGCACUGAGACAGCAGUGGCUGGAAUGCUGUCCAUGAAUGUCUGCAACAUCCUGGUGCCAGGUCAGGCUCUGUGCCUGGCUGUAGCCGUGUGCCUGACGCCCCAGGGCUGCCCCAGCCUGCAGGCAGGUGUUGGCUGAGCCCUGGGGCCGUGCCUGUGUUCACCUCUCCAGGCUUCUGCCAGGCUUCCAUUCCUGCUCCUCUGACAGCUGGAUUUGAUGCACACUCGGUCUGGUGCACGGCUUGUCUUUGUGGGCAUUUCCCCGUUAAAAAAAAGAAAGGGGGGAAAAAAAAAAAAUUGCAAAAAUUGUUUGCAAAGAAACACGUGCAAACAGUGUUUACAGAAACGCUCACACCUGGGUGGAGAUGGAGCUCUGGGGCUGCUGGUGCUCAGGGGAAGGAGGGAAGGUGUGGGGGAGAGUUCCCCUGUAGGAUUCUGAGUUUGGCUCAUUCCCUGUGGCUGGAUGAGCACUCAGACUCGUGGGUUCACCCCCAUGGGAUGCUCUCCCUGUGCCCCCCUUCCCCACCAGCACCCCGUUAUCUCAGGGAGGGGCAGCCCAUGGAAAUGCCCACCCUCCUGCUCCCUGUGCCCUGAGCGCCCCUUCCCCUCCUUCCCAGCCUCGGGUCGCCUAUUUAUUUAUCGAUCUAUUUAUUUAUUUAAGUUAUUUAUUGGUAUUUAUUGACAACUGGAAGUCGGGGUGGGGCCGGGGGGGGCUCAUUUCUGCUGCACAGUGGGGGCAGCUGGGUCUCCCCCACACCCAGCCCCUGCCUUUGGGGUGCUGCUGGGGUCCCCAGGCUCCCAUCCCCUUUGGGAGAGGCAGAAGGGGAGCACACGGUGCCCGCGGGGAGGGCACCCGGUGCUGCUCCCUCCCUGCCCUGCCCAUCCCUGUUUACCGACCCGGCCUCCUGGUGCCUCUCCCGCUGGAUUUGCCCUUUCCAGCCCCUGGAGAGGGCGGGAGGAGCCAGGGUGGGUGAAUGUCACUAGGGGGAACAGACCCAACCAGGUAUUCUGCUGCCGCGUGGGGAAAAUCAGAGAGAGAGAGAGAGAGAGAGAGAGAGAGAGGAAAGCUGGUUCUGCAGAGUGCCUUAAACACAAACGACUUUACCCAGUAGGGGGCUUGGACUUCUGUCUCUGGAUGUUAUUACCAACUCGAAAAAAUGUUGCAUUUCACUUCUCUGGGAUUAAAAGAAAACUACUGGAGCUGUA